ACAUGUUUAUCUUUUUCACAUUUGAAUUAUUUAUAUUAAUUUGUUUUAUGUUGUUCGUUUUUUUAUCAAACGAAUAUAUCAGACCACAAUAAAAAAACACAUAUAAAAUCGAACUGUUACGGUUCACUAACUUCGGGUCAUUGCUAUGGAGAAGCAACUCCAACGGAAAAUACCACAACUCAUUACAGAACGUAAACAUACAUAGCUGAUAUUAGUGCUUUGCAAUCCGGACUGUCAACGAUUUGAUUUUAUAUUUUAUUUAACAUCUCUUUCAAUGUAAAAUCUACUAAUAUAAGCAUGUUUCGUAACAUGUUCAAAGAAUUUGAAGAAGACCCGUUUUUCAAUGAAUUUUCUACAAGAUUUCCAAAACACGAUGAUUUCGGAUUCCGAUUUGCGAUAGAAGAUGAUAAACGCGAUCAUCGACGUAGGUCCAAAGCUAAUGAUGAAGUCAUGGAUCCCUUCCAAGGGAUGUUUCGGCACAUGAAUAAAGCCAUUGAAGAAAUGCAUUCUGGGAUGGAAAAAAUGAAAAAUGAUCCAAACGUUCAUAUGUAUUCUUCGUGCUCAACAAUGUCUUACAUGAAUGAUGGUAAGUCCAAGCCAAAAAUAUACCAAGCUGCAUCAUCUACUCGCCAAGCACCAGGCGCCAUUAAAGAAACGCACCGUGCUGUCCGUGAUAGUGAAACUGGGGUUGAAAAAAUGGCGGUUGGUCAACACAUCGGGCCGAGAGGAAGAAUUGUUGAAAAGCGGAAACAGAAAGGAGGACAGGUUGAAGAGGAACGCAAGUUUCUUGACAUGGAGGAAAAAGAUACAAGUGACUUUGAAAGAGAGUGGAAAUUGAAAACUGGCAAGUUGUUUCCAUCUAGUCGUGGUAAUGAGGUUGAGAAUGGCAUGAAAGGAAAGUUUCAUCGUGGGGUUGAGGGAAGGAGUGUGGCUCGACCUGCUGGUCCAAAUAAAAAUGGAAGAAACCGACAUUAAAGAGGAAUUACAGACUGUUUAAAGUUUUGUGUAGAUGUUAAACGUAGAAUACUUUAUCACUUAUGUAACCAAUGCUUUUGUAAAUUCGCACUGUUUGCAUUCGAUUCUAAUGACAGUUUACUUUUAUUUCAUCCAUGUAAAUACCAAUUUGCUUUAAAUAUACGUUAACGCGUAUUAGAAAAGUAUGUUAGACUGGUUUGGGUGUACUGUAAUAUUUGAUUCAG